AUGACAGGAGCACCACCAUUGACAGGCGUUCGCGUUCUCGAAUUCGCAGGCCUAGCUCCAGGACCUUUCGCGGGACUUCUCCUAGCAGAUUAUGGAGCAUCAGUCCUACGCAUCGAUCGUGCAGUUCCUAAUCUUACCCAUUCUUCCUCAAUUCCUCCACCAACCCCCGAUCUCCUUACCCGACAUAAAUCCUCCAUUGCAGUCGACCUCAAAGCAAAUGCUGGAGUAUCCUUCGUCAAGUCUCUCGUUGCGCAUGCUGAUAUCAUAAUCGAUCCAUUCCGCCCCGGGGUUUUGGAAAAAUUGGGACUCUCACCAGAUGUUCUCCUCAAACUCAAUCCUCGCAUCAUCCUUGCCCGAAUGACUGGGUUUCGCCGUGAUGGGAAGUACAAAGACAUGGCCGGGCACGAUAUCAACUACAUAGCAGUUUCAGGGGCAUUAUCGCUGCUUGGGCGAAAGAACGAGAAGCCAUUACCACCGGCGAAUAUACUUGGGGAUUUUGCGGGAGGUGGAGCUACGUUGUUUCAGGGAAUUUUACUCGCCUUGCUAGCGCGAGAGAAGAGCGGAAAGGGGCAAGUUGUAGAAGCGAAUAUGGUCGAUGGAACAGCAUAUCUUGUAACUUUUCCGAGAUUAUUGAUGAAGACUCCUAUGUGGAAUAAACCGAGAGGAGAGAACACAUUGGAUUCGGGAAGCCCGUACUAUGAUACCUAUGAAACAAAGGAUGGGAAAUACAUGGCGGUGGGUGCUCUGGAACCACAAUUUUUCAAAGAGUUGGUUAAGGGGCUAGGAUUGGGAGAAACUAAUAUCAAAGAAACGAGAAUGGAUAGAAGUACAUGGCCAGAAAUGAGGGAAACUUUCACUAGAUUAUUCAAGGCCAAAACGAGAUCUGAGUGGGAAACUAUUUUUGAUGGAACUGAUGCUUGUUGUACACCCGUUCUCGAUUACGAUGAACUCGAACACGAUCCUGCCAGAGAAGGUGAUCAAAGGCCAAUUGUUACACUCAGAGAUACACCUUCUCUCGCAAUAUCCAAACAUAAUAGUCAGGACCCAUCGAUUGGCCAAGGACCUGGCGUUGAAGGGGGAAGUUACACCGGCAAGCCAUUAUAUCCUGGACAAAGUGGAGAGACAGCACUCGAGCAAUGGCUAGGAUGGAAAAGAGGGGAAGACUAUGAUGUAGAAAAUGGUGGUUUGAUUAGGAAGAAACAUUCGAAAUUAUGA